AUGUUCAACUAUCAGAUCUUCGAGGAAGUCUUCGCCUUCGAUACGGAAUGCUUUUAUGAUAAGGAUACAGUGAUGCAGACCACGGAGAACCGCAAGGUUUUGGAGCCUCUCUUCAUUGACCGGGUAAUGAAGAUGCUAGGAAUCGUGAGACCAUCGAAGAACUAUCCACCCAUAGACAACAGCUCUCUACGAACCCUCCACAAACAGAUCGUUGAAAGCUCAGGCGCAGAUCAUCACAAGCUCUCCGUGCUCUACUACAUCCUCAUCACAUUUGAUUAUCCUACGGGCAAGAGAGACUAUCAGGCCGAAUUACAACGACAGUCCUCCCUGCCAGAAAAUUAUGCAAUCUACAUGAAGGGUCUAUGGCACCUGGAUCGACAAGAAUUCGAUUUGGCAAUCCAAUACUUGACACACCCCUCAUUGAUUCCAACUUUCGCUGACGAGAUACUGGAGACCUUGGUCAGGAGGUCCAGAGGCGAUCUUACACUUGCCUUGGCCUACUACCACACAGCCCAACCUACCCUGUCGAGUCGAGCCUCCAUCGAAUGUUUGUUCUCGGCCAUCGCGAGGACCAGUGUAACGGAGGCCUUGUACUUCUCCCGAGGCCAGCCAGAGUUUGCACACCGCCACAUGUUUGAGCUCCUCGUCUCCUUGGUUCUCAAUAACUCGUCCAAGGACACUAUCGCCGACCGCAGCGUUGAGCUCGUUAGCUUGCCGUUGACGAGAGAGGAAGAUGGGUGGCUCGAAGACUACAUCAUGCGCGGUGAAGGCCGUUUGUUGAAGAAGAGCAAAGAUACCUUGAUGAUGAGACGGAUCGGAACGGGCGACUUUGCUGGGUCACUUUCUAUGCGAGGGGUCAAUAACCGUUCUAUCGGUGGUCUGGACUGGAGCACGCUGUCCCAAGCGAUUCAAGAUGGACUCGGGCCCCGAGUAGAUGGAUGA